UGUACCAUUCGCAUGUUAAAUAAAAUCCUUCCUUCCGGUUUCAAAGGCUACGCGCGGAAUUUAAGAUAACUGCAGACAUCCGCACUCGGAAAGUAACGUUAGCUGUCAUACUACAUCAUCAGCUAUUCUAUUCUGUUACUUAACGUCUUACCAUUUAUUUUGCUUGCAACUUUUAGUAGCCACGGUUUAACGUUAGCGAAAAGCAUCCGUUGUUUUGAACUAGACAAAAGGAGAAGAUACUAGUUGGAGGACUAAGAUUAGGUACGUUUUGUUAGCGGUUGAUGACCAUCUGUAACGUUACCUAGCCAACAAAUGAAGAAAGUCAACAUUAGGAACGGUCAGAAACUGAUAAAGGACAACUUUAUCAGAUAACUUUAUCUGUACCAGUGUCGGAUCUGAAGUCAUGGAGGAGGCAAGAGAUCACAACGUGUUAAGUUGCUUGCAGAGGUUAGAGAUGGGAGCUCUUGGUUUUCACAGUCGAGAUCCAGAGGAAUUACUGAAGAAGGACAGACUACAUCAGUUGAACUGCAGAGUGUUAACUCUCCGAAUGCAAAGAAACAAACUCAAAGUUGAAGUCCAGAGAAUCAAGGAGGCAAAGGCCGCUCUGGAUGAAGGGAUUUCUCCAGAUAGUAAUGGAGAAGAAAAUGGAGCCAAGAGUUCCCAACACACCUUACCGCUACUGAUGGCUCGACGCACCCAAUUGAAGGACACGCUCAGGGCCCAUCACCUCAUUGGUGGGUAUGAGGUAGUGGAGAUAGAUUCGGGCAGGCGGGUUUGCUAUUCCUUAAGCACUGAAUAUGAGGACACUUACCUGGACACCUACCACUUGGAGCUGGACCUAACGCGGGGCGUGCGUAUCCACCGUCAUGACAUCCCACCUUCCAUCCCACUGAAGAACUUGGCUCAAGAGAACCUCGAGACUGACCUGCCUGCCUUUCUUCACACACUCAGAGAGCACGUCAGUGGUCUGGCCAGCCGUUUAUAUCAGCUCAGACUCAUCAAGGAACAAGUGGAGACUGUAAGUGUGAUGGAGACCAACCCUCUGUGCUCGGUGCUGGUGCUGAUGUGCAAGAUUCCAGGAGAGGAGGAGACGGCCAUGCUUCUGUCAUUGCGGUAUGGGGACCCGAUCAAAGCUCUGCCCACCCGGGUUACCUUGGAGUCUUCUGACAAAUCACUGCCUGAUGAACCACAAUGGAAGGAGGCCAAGUCUCUGUUUCUGGAGGUUCCACCCCACAGAGUCCUGCUGGCCCUGAGGAACCAGGGGCAGAUCUUGUAGACCUUAGCCCAGAGCUCGCAGACCCAGUUAAACUAGGACCUUUUCUCACCCUUUUAUUUACUAUAUUGUACUACACCUGCAGAACUUUAUUUGGAGGCUAGUCCAACCCAGAGAUCUGACCACACACCACAUAGUCACAUGGUAGCUGAUUAGGUGAAACGGCAAGGCAGGUAGAUUAAUUAAUCGGCUAAUUGUUUAAAAGUACCUACUAUACUGUUUCAUCAGUUAAUUUAGUACAACUUACUCAGACAUUGUCGAGGGUCUUCAAAAAGGCGUGUAUUUUUUGCCUUAGCGUUUCCCUCUGUAUCUGCUUGAGCCGCUCUCUCUCCUGCCUCUGCCACUCUCUCUGGCUGGCCAGCUUUCUCUCAGAGAUGCUGUUGAUGCAAGCCAUAUCCCUCAGCUGCACUAAGGACAGAAUGCCAGCAUCUUCUGACUCUCUCUGCUGGACGUGGGACAGGGUUGGAGCUGGGUGUGAACUCUGCGAUUUGACUACAGCAUCUGUGUCGCCCUGAGAAACUACUUUUCCAGAGACCAGACCUCUUCCAGGAGGUGCUGACUGAGUGUAGUGGCGAUGCCAUGCAACUUUCUUCCCGUUUCGAUUUUCCAAGAUUUCCCUCAUAGUGUUGUCAACAGUGGCAAUAGGCUCACAGACCCGGACGUGUAGUAGUUUCUGGUGCUCUUGCAUCAGGGAGUUAAUGUCCUGCUGCAACAGUUUGAGAAUCAGUGUCUGCCGGAGGCAAAGGUGGUUCAGUCUGUGUUGGAGGUAUGUUUCCUCAGUGCUGUUCAUUUGUCGCACAUCCACACAUUGUAAACACUUGGGCCUCCGGUAGUUUGAUGGUUUAGUCAUUGUGAUGAGGAUUCACUUGGGACAAAGAAAUUGAAAUCAUAACUUUGCCUUCAGUACAUUCUUCUUUAGUACCUGUUAACAAAUGUAAUUAAACUUAAGUUUAAAUACAUGCCACAAAUAUGUACUAUUAGUAAAUAAUACAUGUAUAAAUCUUUGAAACCAGUAACAAUGGAUUUUUCUGAAAAGUAUUCGUGUGAAAAUGUGUCCAUAACAUACCAUACGGCUUUGAAGAAAUGGUUUAGGUGCCCUGCUUCAUUUCACCGUCCAGUGGUGUGUUUUUUAGCAUGUUCACAUGGUGAAGUGUGAUAAUUGCUGGUGAGGGGUUAGCCUGUCUUUUGUUUAUCCUGAAGAACAGGUUUGGCAGUUGAAAACCAAACAGGCUGCCCUUCAUUCACCUGCAUCUUGAUUAGGCAGGUUUUCAUAAUAAUGAUGUCAAUUCACUGCACAAUAAAAGCUCUUACUUUGUAACUUCAAA